AUUCGUGGCCAACGGGCUAUAAGCAACACGGCAAUAUAAUGGGUCUAUUGUGGCCAACGGCUACGAGCAAUACGGCAAUCUAAUGGGCCUAUCGUGGUCAACGGGCUCUGAGUAGUCCAGCUGUAGUGGUUAUAUUCUCCACGCGGCCCCAAACAAGCAAACACAAACACAAGAAUGCCGCCGGCGACGAAGCAGAAGAAAACGGCGCGGCUGAGCAACGCCGAGAAGUCAUCGUUCUUUGCUCGGAGAGAGGCGGCCAAGGUGUUGCACUCCGUUCUCGUUGGCGACGCUCGCCGCCAAGCCGUCGCCUCUAUUAAAUCCCUCGUUUUCAAACCUUCUGUGCGCAAUAAGAAAGCUACUUUUGCUCUUGUUUGUCAAACUCUUAAGAGUCUUCCAUACAUCAAGGAAAUCUUGAAAUCUUCUGACAUACUGAAUAGCAAGUGGAAGAAGCAAGAAGCGCUAAUGUACCUAAUUACUUAUGAUAUUCUCUUUGGCCAGAGUGUUGCAUUGGUAGGUGAUGCUGAAAAGUUUCUCCUCCGCAAAAAAGAUGCUCUGCUAUCAGCUCUUGCUCAGAUUUUGGUGAGAAAUAGGGUGAAGAAUGUACAGGACUUGAUGGCUCUUCAACCUGAUGUAUCAAAGCCGCGAUAUGUUCGCGUAAACACUCUGAAGUUGAGUACAGAAGCCGCCUCAGACGAAUUAGGCAAGCAUUACAAGGUUCACAAGGAUGACUUGGUUCCUGAUUUGUUAGUACUCCCACCUGGUACAGAUUUGCAUGAUCAUCAUUUGGUGAAAAAUGGAAGUGUCCUUUUGCAAGGCAAGGCAAGUUCUAUGGUGGCAGUAGCCCUUGAUCCUAGACCAGGAUGGGAGGUUCUUGAUGCAUGUUCAGCCCCAGGAAACAAAACUGUUCAUCUUGCUGCCUUAAUGAGAGGGGAAGGGAAGAUAAUUGCUUGUGAACAGAAUAAAGAGAGGGUCAAACUGCUAGAAUACACUAUCAAGCAGGCUGGUGCUACUAAUGUGGAAGUUCUGCACGAGGACUUCUUAACGUUGAGUCCAGUAGACCCGUCAUACUCAAAGGUUCGUGGAAUACUCGUAGAUCCUUCUUGUUCUGGAUCUGGGACUGCUGUAGACAGACUAGAUCACCUGCUUCCAUCUUACCAACCGGGCCAUGUUGAUCCAGGUGAAAUACACAGGCUAACAAAACUUGCUGCAUUCCAGAAAAUGGCUCUAGAACAUGCAUUAUCUUUCCCAGGAGUUGAAAGAGUUGUAUAUAGCACCUGUUCCAUCCACCAAAUCGAGAAUGAAGACGUGAUCAAUUCUGUGCUUCCUCUUGCUAUUUCGCAAGGUUUUGAACUGGGCACACCAUUCCCGCAGUGGACUCGACGUGGUCUUCCUGUUAUUGAACAAUCUAAACAUUUGCUUCGUGCUGACCCUGUGGAGGACAAGGAAGGCUUCUUCAUUGCACUAUUUGUGAGAAGCAUCCAUCAGUCAGAACCGCACCAACAAAAAGAAAUUGGCAGCUGCCACAAUCCUGCGGUACCUUGCAAAAUAUCUGAGAGAAAGGUGAAAACUAUAAAUAAAAGUAGAUUACGCUCUUCUUGUUUCUUUCCCAGAAUGUCCCUAAGAAUGUCCAGGAUAUUGUUAAACCCUUACUUCGAUGUGGUGAACAAAAAAGUUGAAUAGAAUACCAACAUUUAGAACACUACUACUUAUUCUUCUUCUUGCCGAGUCGGGGAUCUCCAUUAUGGGUAACUUGACCGAGUAGUAACUUUUUUAUCUUGGAACCAAUCCAUGUGGUAUUGUGAGCAUUAUAUCCCUAGGAUAGGUUGGUUGAAGUAAUUAUAGUUUUUGGACUAUUCUAAUUAUUGUGAAUUCAAAAGAUUAUGAACUAAUUAUUAUUUUUAGUUCUUUUAUAGAGAAUCUUGUAAUAUUUCUCA